GGGCCUAGCGCCCGUCUCCGCGGCAUGGCGCCUUGACGACAACUCUCCCCGCCCCCUCCCGCCUCUCACCAUGCGAGCGGGAGGAACGGGACUACGAGGGAAAAGAAACAGCAACAGGGGGUGAGCGGGGGAGGCCUCCCGGCAGCGGCGCGGCCUAGUGGGCGCCGAGAAGCCUGGCGCGGUUGCCAUGGCGACGGUGUCGACAGGGAGACGCCGGGCCCCGGUCUAGGCUGCUGUGAUUGAGGGAGCAGAGGAGAGCAGAGCAGAGCAGGGAGGACGAGGUCCCGGGACAGUCAUCAAAAGGAUGGGUGUGAAAGUGCUCGUAAGAAUCAGGACGACAACUAACUUUGCACCAGAUAUGAUCGAGUGUUCCCUUGACGAUAAUACAAUAAAGAUUCACACCAAACGGGACCAGCGUAAGGAGGCAGUCAACAAUCAGCAUAGCGACUGGAUGUUCAAGGUGGAUGGGAUUCUCCACGAUGUACCACAGGAGGUCAUGUACGCUGCCGUGGCAAAGAAAGCCGUCGCCAGCACGAUCAACGGCUUCAGCAGUACAAUAAUGUGUUACGGACAAACUGGGGCUGGAAAAACACACACGAUGACUGGAGCCACGGAGAAAUAUGAAUACCGUGGAAUCAUUCCUCGGGCAAUUCAACAGAUUUUUAAAGAGGUGGAAGAACAGGCUGAUCUCGCCCUCACUGUGUACGUUUCUUACCUGGAGAUUUACAAUGAGACUCUCUACGACCUCCUGUCCACCAUGUCGGACAGCUCAACACCUGACACACAGAUGAUAAUAGUGGAGGACAACCACGGCGUGCGUAUCAAGGGGCUUUCCAUCCACAUGGUCAGCACCGAGGAAGAUGCCCUCAACUAUCUCUUUGAGGGUGAAACCAACAGGAUUAUUGCAUCCCACACAAUGAAUAAGAGUUCUUCCCGAUCUCACUGCAUCUUUACAAUAUACGUGGAGACCCGAUGGAGGCAGACUGCAGAAGUCAAGUAUUUGACCUCAAAGCUCAACUUGGUUGAUCUAGCAGGCUCUGAGCGGCUGGGAAAGACAGGAUCUGAAGGGCAGGUGAUGCGUGAGGCCAUGUACAUCAAUAAGUCACUCUCCUUCCUUGAGCAGACCAUUAUUGCUCUUGGUGACUCGAAGAGAGGGCAUAUUCCCUUUAGGCAGAGCAAACUCACACACGCACUCAAGGAUUCCAUCGGUGGGACCUGCAACACCAUCUUGGUGGCCAACAUCUAUGGAGAGGCUUCUCAAAUCGAUGAAACGCUAUCUACGCUCCGGUUUGCAUCAAGAAUGAAGUGUAUACCAGCUGAGCCUGUAGCUAAUAUCUAUACUGACCCUAUGAAACUAAUUCAUAAGCUUCAGAAUGAUAUCCAGGUGCUUCAGGAUGAGCUGGCUAUGUACAACAUUCUGGGCAACCGUCGGCAGGUCAGCUACGAAACCUUAACUGCAAAUCAGAUCCGAGACAUUAAAGCUCAAAUCUGUAGGUACUUGGAAGGGACGGUCGACGAGAUUAAUAUUACAAAUAUCAGGCAACUCCGUGAGACCUUUGCACAAUUCAAGAUUAUUCUGCUGGAACAGGAACAGGAAAUAGAGGCCACGUUGAGGAAGAAGUACAUCCUUAUUGAUAAAGUGAAUAGAGAAACCAGCUUUAUAGCAGACGCGACGGGGCUUUUGAAUUCUGAAGAAUCGCAAGUUGGAGAACUUAUGGGGGAAGGAUUUGGAAUUGGACUGGCUCCCACCUCCGCUAAAGCCAAAAAAUUAAAAGUUAAAAAGAGCAAAGACAUAGCAGGUACGACCAAGAAGGACCGUCCUCCAGUUUCGGGAAAAGAUGCUGAAAUGUUGCAGCAACCGAAAGAUUCUGCACAAGAUGUUUCUCCAAAACCUACCGGAUCGAGAGUGAUCAUGGCAUCGAUAAUUGAUUCUGUACGCUCCGAGUCGAUUGGCAAAAUGGAGGAGGCCAGACCUACCACUCCUCCAGGAAGGUCGGAGAUAUUUGACAUGUUCAAAGCAGAGAAAGGAUCUGAGAUUAAUCGUAUCCUUAUUGAGAAUAAACGUAUUCUCAUUGAGAAGAAGGCAAACAUGAAGGACUUAACUGAUCGCAUCAACAACGUCAAGGAAGAGAUUGAUAUUACCAAUCGCUCACUCAACAUCAAGAAACGGGAGCGACACGUUCAAGGCGAGUACAAGAAUGAACACGACGAGCCGGUGGUUGACGAGGACGAGUUCAACCUGAUCAUUCAGCUGAAGGACCUGAAGCGGCAGUACCGCUGCGACUUUAACGCCCUGCGGGACCUGCGGGUGGAGGUGCAGUACUGCCAGAGGCUGGUGGAUCAGUGCAGGCUGCGGCUGCUCACCGAGUUUGAAAUUUGGUACAAUGAAUCCUUCCUGACUGCUGACGAUACUCAGCAAGUUCCACAAGGGGACAGCAUCCGAAGAGGGCUGGUCCCCUUCUCCAGAAUGACAGCGUUGGAAGAAGAUGACAAGGAGAAGUUCCAACGCCUACAGCAGGAGAUCCUGAUGGAGUGCCCAGAAUCAGUGUCGUUUUACAGAGCCCGGAUGAAGCUGCAACAGCGGCAAAAUUAUACUCGAGCCAUGAAUCAGCCGCAGCCCAUAACCAUACACAAGAAGCCGGGAAUGAUCACCCCAUCCAUCAAAAACAAACCACCCACUAGUCUGCAGUGCAGCUAACUUACCAGUUACCACAAAGGAAUGCCAAAAGCAACCCACCAGUUACAGUUUUGAAAAAGAAACUGAAAUGUUAAGGCCAAGCCCUUCCUAGAAUAAGUAUUGUAUAAAGUUAAAUAAAUCAACUUGGUCAAUAGAAA